GUGGCUGUGAGUGCGUUGAGUUCAGCCCUAUAGUCAACCUCUUUGUGGGCCAACACUACAACUCAACCCAAACUACGACAACGGGUGGAGACAUAGCUAUAGCCAACACUAUCACCACUGAUGUACUGUUUGUUAUGAUUACCACUAUUACGACCACUAAUACAUUCAACUCUCUUAAUAGUAUCCAAACUAUUCAUUAAUUACUAUUAAAUCGCCUCAAAGUCGCCAUAAAUCUCAUUUGAAUCACUCGUGAGUGCAGUGUAUAACUGGUCUGCCAUUGACUCAAUUGGUGUCACAUUGAGUGCAGUGUUGUGUGAAUGCACUGCCAGUGCGACCACCGGCUGACGAGGAAUGAGUGCCACCACUAAUGGGACCCAAUCUGUCGACGAGUUCGUGGUCACCGAUAAUCAGGACUCUUCGCAAAACGUGAGCCAAAUUGAGAGCCACUCCCAGACCAGUGGACAGACGUCGGGAACGGGAGGUUCAGCACAACAGCCGUCGCCUUUAGCUCUGUUAGCGGCCACGUGUAGUAAAAUAGGGUCUCCCAGUGAACUGUCCGCUGAGGGCACUGGAGGUCAACCCAACGCCACCACUACUACUGUUAAGCUCGUGAGCGCCGGCGCUCAGAAUCAAGUGAUUCAGGCGUCAGACUUCGCGCACUUAAUACCCGUCCAUUCGGGACAAACACUCGGAGUUCUCAAUCCUGACGGCACUGUCACUCAACUCAAUCCCUCUCAGGUGGUGGUCAGCAGCGCCGGCACUCUCGGGACGCCCAUCAAGUCUGCCAUCACUUCAGUGGCCAACCAGAGCGCCGCCAAUGCCUUGUCGACGGCCACUCAGAUCCUGCAGACACAGGCCUCGGGCGCCGGCAUCUACAGCAUCCUUCAGCCCCAACAGCUCCAGAUCGACGGCCAGGAGGCCAUCUUCAUCCCCGGCCACCAACAGGCCAUCCAGUUGUCCGCCAACCAACUCAUGGCGUCUCCCAAUCAGGUGCGCCAACAGACCCAACAACAGACCCAACCGUCCCCUCAACAGACUGUCUUCAUCCCCGGCAUCGGCAAUGUCUCGAUAGGCGGCGCGCAGUACGCGGGCGGACAGACUGUGGCCGUACGGCAGGGGAAUGUCGUGCAGACCAUACAACUGCCGGUCCAGCAGACGAUUCCCGUUCAGGCAAUCUCUACACAAAACGGUCAGACAAUCCUCCAAACCAUACACCUCCCCAUCCAAGCCCUCCAAUCACUCAACACAGCACAGGGUGUCCAACAACUCAGCGCUCAGUUGAUGCCACAAAUGCAACAGGUGCAAAUGGCACCCAUACAGGUGUCACAAGCGAACAACACUCACACCCCGACCAUCAAACAGGAACCGGGAACUGAGACACAGACUCAGAAUCAAACGAAUCAAAGUACUACGGCUUCGACGAUGACGUCCAACACGUCCGGUCAGACAGUGCUGGCGAACGUCCAGUUGCCGAACGGACAGAUCGGACAACUCAUCUCAGCCCCCGUCUGGCCCAACAACUCUAUAAACCUCUCGAGUUUAGGCGGUUUGAGAACCGCUCAGAAUGUGAUUCAAGUGCAGGGCAUGGGAGGCCUUCAGACUAUACAACUGCAGGGCGGGGGUCAACAGCAAGUGAUAUCGGCCUCACCCGCAGCCCUCCAGAGUCUGAGUAUUACUCCGUCGGGUAAUAUCGUGGCUAAUGUGCCGAACAAUGCUGGCCAACAGGUGGGGCCUAUGAGUCCCGUUCAGGCCAUUCAGAUCGCAAAUGCGGGCCAAUUCAUGACACAACAGAUACAACAGGACCCCAACGACCCCACGAAGUGGCAGUUGGUCUCCACGCCCACCAACGUGUCCGUCCAGAACUCACUUCAGGGCACGUUUACGGCCACUCCUACCACAGACGGCACGGCAACGCCCGGCAGUGAGACGGGAACGGGACGUAAGAUGCGUCGCGUCGCCUGCACCUGUCCUAACUGUAGGGACGGCGAGGGCCGCAACAGUGAGACCAAAAAGAAACAACACAUCUGUCAUAUUCCCGGCUGUAAUAAAGUCUACGGAAAGACAUCUCAUUUGAGGGCACACUUGCGGUGGCACACAGGCGAGCGACCCUUCGUCUGCAAUUGGCUCUUCUGCGGCAAACGGUUCACCCGUUCCGACGAAUUACAACGACAUCGCAGGACACAUACCGGCGAGAAGCGGUUCCAAUGUGCCGAAUGUCUGAAGCGUUUCAUGAGAAGCGAUCACUUGUCGAAACACCUGAAGACACAUCAGGCGAAGAAAGUGAGUCAACAACAGACACAGAGCGACGACACGUCCGGCCUCGCAGUGAACGCCAACAACGAUAUGGCGUUGGAUUGCGAACAAACAGAUCUGGCUAUCAAUGAGAGCGCCACUGAUGGCAACUCAGACGCACUGGUAGUACAGGGACAGCAGAUUUGAGUCUCUGUUCGCCAACUGUUCAUCAAAUGAAGUAAUUUAUUAGACCUGAAAAUGACUAUUAAUUAAUGAUUAUAUAAAUAUUAUACACAUUU